UUUCCUCGGAAGGCAGGUGCCCUGUAAGCCGGGGGAGGGGCCGCGCCUGUGAGCGCCGCUGUCACCAGCCCGGCUAAGGCAGCGAGCGGGGCUGGGCCUGGCGCCUGUCAGAGGCAGCGACCGGUGCCUGGUGUCCGGGCGGGAGACUGACCCACCCGCGAUCGCCGCUGCUCCUUGAUCGGGCGGGGCCCCUGGGCUCCGCGGCCACCCCAGCCCUAGGGUAGAGGCUGCGCCGGGGGGUCGCUGACGCUGGCGAGAGCUGAACCCUGCCGGCAUCGGGCAGGUUCCCGGGAAGGCUGGGAGGCGACGGGCGCAGCAGAGAACGCGCUCGGCGCGUAUGAGGUGUGGGAGAAAAGUGCCCUGCUGCCGGGGUGCCCGGGUCUGGGGAGAAACGUGGCCCUGUUCAGCGUGUGCCGAGAGCUACAGAACGAGGUCAUGCAGGCUGGCAAACCCGGGGCAGUCGUUUGUUUUGGUCAUCUCUUCCGUCAUCCCCAGGAGUGCCUGUGGGCUAAACAGAAAGCAGGUUCUCCCGCUCUGAAAGCUUUUGUUUUCGGAGGAAAAGCUGGUAUGUCCUUGGCAUCGUCACGUUUCAUUGCUUCAGGGUAUUUACAACACAUGAUGUUGGAAGAGUUCCUUUAAUGUCAAACAUAAGAGUUAUGGCAGCACAUUGGAAGAAAAUGUUGGUGAUCCUUCUAGCAGCUCAAACAUUACUUAUGGGUGAUAGCUUUGAGGAAGAGGAUGUACCUGAUGAAUGGAUUCUUCUUCAUGUAGUCCAAGGUCAGAUUGGAGCUGGAAACUAUAGCUACUUGAGACUAAAUCAUGAAGGGAAGAUAGUACUUCAGAUGCAGAGUUUAAAAGGCGAUGCAGAUUUGUAUGUAUCUGAUAUGACCCUUCACCCGAGUUUUGAUGAAUAUGAGUUACAGUCUGUAACUUGUGGCCAAGAUGUUGUUUAUGUACCAGCCCACUUCCGCCGCCCAGUGGGAAUAGGAAUCUAUGGUCAUCCCUCUCACUUGGAGAGUGAGUUUGAAAUGAAAGUAUAUUAUGAUAGAACAAUUGUAGAUUAUCCAUUUGGUGAGGCUUCCUACAACCCAGAAGAGAUGGAGGCAAGCCAGAAGCGCACUCAUUCACCAGAAGAUCAAUCUCAGGAUGAGGAAUCUAUUUUUUGGACUAUACUCAUUGGAAUUUUGAAACUAAUACUUGAAAUUCUUUUUUAAAAUAAUCAACUGGACAUACACUGGACUAGAGUGCACUUAUAGCCUAUGACAUUGAACAUGAAUGGCUUGCUGUGAGCAUUGGUACUCUUUGUAAAGUUACCUGAAGAGGUAUUCAGGUUACUUUUUCUAUGCUGAAGAGGGGAAAAGCAAAGCCAUAUUUAAUUUUGUAUUGAAGCCCCCUUCCCACCUUCCAGAAGUAAAAUGAGCAGAAAGCACAGUAUUUGUAUAGUUUUCUUCAUAAAUCAGGGUUAAAGUGAAUGUACAAUAAAGGGAAUCUUAUUAAAAUGUAUCACUUUGAACAGGUGCAUAAGAAAAUGGACCUUGAUAAUUCACUGUAUUUUCUAUUAAAGUGACAAUUUUAUACAAAGAAAAAGUUGUAAAAUCUGAAAGGUGCAGUUUUAACAACCCCAUCCAAUUUAAAAUAAAGAACUAAUUUUCUAA